CUCAGUGUGAAUGACAGUAUCCUGUUUGUGAAAUGAUGUUUAUGUGAGGGAGGUGACCCACAGUCUGGUCUUUAGAGGCUCUGAAGGAGCGGGGCUAUCGUCCUCCCUACGGUCUGCGCAGGAAACCAGCCGCAAGAAAGUUACAGAGAUCAAACUCAUCAAAGGGCCCAAAGGUACAGCUCGGUUUAGGUGUCUGUUUGUUUGUAUGCUUACAUAUUUAUGUACCUGUCAGUUAUUAUUUACAUCUUUCUUCCUACCUCUCUCUCUUGUUCUAUUCUUGUGUUUCUCUCUCUCCUCAUCCUUCCUCUCCCUCUCUCGCUCUCUCUCUCCUCUCUCUCUCUCUCUCCUCUCUCUUCUUUUCUCCCUCCCUCCCUCUCUCUCUCUUCUCUCUUCCCUCCUCUCUCUCUCUCUCUCUAGCUCUCUCUGCCCCAUCCUGUCCCUCCCAUAGGUUUAGGUUUCAGCAUCGCUGGAGGGGUGGGUAACCAGCACAUUCCAGGAGACAACAGCAUCUAUGUCACUAAGAUCAUCGAGGGUGGAGCUGCUCACAAGGACCAGCGGCUGCAGAUAGGGGAUAAGAUACUGGCGGUCAGUCCUCACACACACACACACACACAGUGCCAGGCAGACUCGCUGUCUUACACAUAAUAGAGAAACACUUAGACACGCCAACACAUAUUGUCUACUUCAGUAGCUUAGGUGCAUUAAGAGCCUAGAUAAGUUACAGUUGUAAUUUUCACAGCCUAAGAUUACUUUAAUUAAUAUCAUAAUUGAUGUGUGAGAUGAGCGAGCUAUUUAACCUCAGCACUGCCGCUGCUGCUGCUGCUGCUGCCUGCACUGUGUGGCACUACUGCCAUCUCAUGGACCAUGGAGCAACUGCAGCUCAGUGAUGGGUUAGACUCAAUAUGGACUCAAUGCAGAAGCUACAAAAUGGUGCAGGUGUCCCUGCCAAAUGGAGCCUAGUCAACUGCUUUAAGUCCCAACGAGCCAUGACACCAUAUCAGUCAUGUAGAAUAGCUUCAACACCUUCCCAAUGAGCCAUGACACCAUAUCAGUCAUGUAUAAUAGCUUCAAAACCUUCCCAACGAGCCAUGACAGCCAUGUGUUCAGGUUAACAGUGUGUUCAGGUGAACAGUGUGUGUCUGUGUAUUCAGGUUAACAGUGUGUUCAGGUGAACAGUGUGUGUCUGUGUGUUCAGGUUAACAGUGUGUUCAGGUGAACAGUGUGUGUCUGUGUGUUCAGGUUAACAGUGUGUUCAGGUGAACAGUGUGUGUCUGUGUGUUUAGGUUAACAGUGUGUUCAGGUGAACAGUGUGUGUCUGUGUGUUCAGGUUAACAGUGUGUGUCUGUGUGUUCAGGUUAACAGUGUGUUCAGGUGAACAGUGUGUGUCUGUGUGUUCAGGUGAACAGUGUGUUCAGGUGAACAGUGUGUGUCUGUGUGUUCAGGUGAACAGUGGCGGUGCGUGGGUAAAAUCACUGAGGAAGCCAAGCCAGUAAAAAAGCCAUAUUACAACCUAUGUUGUGAUAAUUGUGUUGUUUGCUCUAUAACCCAUUCUUUCAUACGCCACCAUGAUACAGUAUACAAUAAGGCUGUGACAACAAAAAGACAACAGUCACACAGUGGCGGAAUAAAUUCAACGACACAUAUGUUUGUUUCAUUACAAAACCGGAGAGCAACAUCUGUCCGGUGACGUCCACAAAGCAAAUAUUUCAUACAAACAGUUAUAUCACCUGCAGCAUGGUCAAGCAAGUUAGUGUUUUCAACCGUUUACUAAACAACUACUGAUUUAGAACCACAGAGUUACCGCAAGUCAGCACAAAGACAACAGGAGCACUGCCUGACUGUGUGUGUGUGCGUGCGUGCGUGCGUGCGUGCGCAAGUAAAAGAUGCUGACUCACCCUACUUGGUUGAAUGCCAAUGCCAUCCUCCUCUCUUUCAUGUUGGCAAAACGGUACACUUGUACUUUUUGUUGUCAUAGGCUACCUAGCUAAAAUGCUUGCUAGCCUGACUUCCUUGCAUGGGCAACAAUGAACCAGCUAAGUUAGCUAGUUAGGUAACGUGAGCCUACUAGGCUACAUAUAGGCUACAUAUUGAACUUCAGUCCUCUCAGGCCGGUGGCACAAUAUAUUAAUUCAUGGUUAGAUCAGAAUCGCCGUCAUAAUCAUUGGCCUGUACAGAGAAUUAAGUGAAAACCACAAGUCCAAAUCCCCAUCUCCAUCCAUGGCUUAGGAAAGGGCCGAUUUAGCAAGCUAGCUACUGCAGGACAUCAACACAAGCAGACAAGAAAUGUCUGAAAUUAUGUUUUGCUUAGGAAGUGAUUUGAUUGAUGUGAAGCCAAAUCCAAAAUGGCUUCCCUUGGGUGGCGUUUUGCUACACUAGGACAACCCACAGUUGAGCUCAGCUCAACGAUGAUUGGCUAAUUAUUUUAGAAUUUUUAUCAAGGGAGGCAUCAAUCAAUCAAAUGCUACGGUGGCAACAUGUUAUACUCUUUUGGUCCAGACAG